AUGAAGUCACUUUUUACCCUCGUCUUUGGCUCAGUCCUCGCGGUCUCGUCUGCAUAUGCAUCGGUCAUCCAGAAGAGAAACUCGAAUUCUUGGGCGGGAUCGAAUAAUUACUACCUUCAUGCUUUGCAUCCAGCGGAACAAGCUUCGUACAUAAGUAGUCUGAAGAGUUACGGCACGAAGGUUGUGAGGCUUUGGGUAACACAGGCGUCAGAUGGCUGUGCUAAGUCUUCCAAUACCAGAGCCGUGCCCUCUUAUGAGGACACGAUUGGAAGCUAUAACAAUGAGACGCUCGACGCAGUUGAUUCUGUGCUUUCCCAGCUUCAUGCUGCGGGUAUAAAGGCAAUAAUCUCUCCGCAUGACGCCAAUUUGCUCCCUCCAUCCGGACAAUCAAAAGGUUAUAAUGGAAUUGAUAUCUACGGCAGUACCUACGGGUCCUCUGACUCUUUCUACUCCUCCAACACAGCGAAAGCCCAAUACGACGCCCGCAUCAAGAGUAUUCUUGAGUACACCAGUCCUUCAUUCGGAAAGCAGUGGAAGGACCUGAGCGAAGUCAUCCUAGCCUUCGACAUCCAGAACGAGCCUAUGAUUGCGUCUCCCGGAAAGUUAGCAGACAACGAUCCUGACGAUUGGAUCUGUGGGCGAGCAGGGAAUAUGCGUAGCGUGCUCGGAUCUUCUGCAGUCAAGAUCGCCACCGGUGGCAUCGGCGGCUCUGAAUACUGCUGCGACCAUGAAUAUAACAUCAUCGACAAAGCGCUCUACUGCGACGCCAUCGACAUACUCUCUGUACACGGCUACAUGAGCCAAGCCUCGCAAUGGUCAUAUUUCAUCCCCUCGCUCUCGGACCAAGCCGCAGCGCAGAACAAGCACCUCAUGAUUGAGGAAUGGGGCGUCGGCACCGCCUCCUCGAUGGACAGCAUCGCGGACCAAGCCGCCGUGUUCAACAACAAUGGUGUCCCGUGGCUCUACUGGCAGAUCAUCCCCGGGAAGAGUAUUGACGAGAGCUGCGAUGCGCAAGAUGCAUGCUGUCAUCAGGGCUUGAGCAGUGAUGACACGCAGGACUUCGAGGUUGGGGUUGGUAGCUCGAGAGCGGAUUUCGGGACCUUGAUUAAGACGGCUGACAAGACUGCGGGGAGACAGGAUUGGACGGGUUUUGUAUAUUGA